GAAGAGUUGCCUCCAGGAAAACGCAGUUGAAUCAAAAGUGGCUAUCUCGAAAAUUCAGAGGUAUAUCCCCUAUAACCGUUCCACGAAUAUCUUGGAUGAGUCUCAUCCCGGGAGAUGUUGUAACUCCAGCAUUUGAUCGCGGUCUGAUCCUUUAAAACCAGUUACACUGAGGGGUACCACCAUCAUGUCCUCGCCACUUUUUGGCGUGAUUCCAACUGGUCAACCACUGAUCACAGAGCCAACAUCAACACCAUCGCAAACGUCAUUUCUAUACACCAUAUCUGCCGCCAGAUCCUUCACUCAUGUUGUCGUCUUCAUUCUUCCCGGCAUAAUUCUCCCUCAAAACACUGCCGCGGCAAUAUACUUUGCCACAGCGUCUGCCGUGGCUGCCGCUGCCACAGCUGGUCAGACACCGGAUUUCCAGUUUCUGGGUGGUAUAGGACCCGGAAAAGAAAGUGCAGUAUUCAAGAUCAAUGCGGCACCUUCCGAUGUUCAAGGGAACCUCAACGGCGAACAGUCGGGGACCAGCGUCAUGAUUGGAGUCUCCAUAGAAGACGCCACAUCUGUAGCGAUUCGUAUUCAGGAGAAGAAGCCAAAUACAACCCCGACUGGUCGUGGAGGCCAGCCGAGUACUGCAGUCUUAGCCCAGAGGAUUAUACAAAACGCCUUUAACUUCCUGUCGGGGUUCAGUGGGACGGCUGGCCCGGGAGGUGUUGAGGUGGUGCCUUUAAAGGCUUUUGAGGGCUGGUGGAAGAAGUUUGAAAGUCGGGUUAGGUCUGAUCCCAGUUUUCUCGAGCGGCAGCAGCAAGAAUGACGCACUUUGUAAUACGACAUCUUUGUCGGGAAUAUCAUAGGAUGGGGAGAUGAAGUCUGGCUGGGCUCAAGUCUGCUGGGCUCAAGUCUGCUGGACUCAUAAAUCGGAUAUCUUUACUCGCAGGGCGUAUGGAUUUCAGUCAGGAAGAGCCAGGUGUGACAAUAUUGUAUGUAGUUCAUGGACUACCCUUACUGCAAGCUCAGUUUCAAACGCCGCCUAAGCCCUGGCCCGGAAAAAGAAAUCAGCCUAUUAUAUGAAAUCGCUAGCCU